UCACCAGCUGAGGGCUACUAGUUGACCCAUGGUUAACCCAUACUUGUCAAUCAUGAGCUCGCUCGCGCUGCGCUUCUGGCCGAACUAGAGGAACGUGAGCGAGAAGAAUCGAGCGUUUGAGUUCGGAUCCGAACCGGAAGGCGUUUGGAGUGUGACUGACUGGAUCAAACCGCGAGGAUGAGGAGACUGAAGGCGGCGCGCAGCGGCUCUCUGCUCGGCCUCGUGCUGCUGCUGCUGAGCGCUGAACUCUGCGAGUCACACCGAUUUCUUUCACAGAAUAAAGCCUCUCAGUUCCUGCAGCGGCACAGACGCGCCAACACUCUGUUCGAGGAGAGCAAGAAGGGAAACCUGGAGCGCGAGUGCAUCGAGGAGCUGUGCAAUAAAGAGGAGGCGCGGGAGAUCUUCGAGAACAAUCUAGAAACGGAAUAUUUCUAUCCCAAGUAUGUUGUGUGUCUGGGCUCUCAUCGCGUCGGGAUCAAUAAUCCAAACUCCCCGAAUCCAGGAAUCCCACAGAACCUGCGCACCUGCGUUCAAGAGAUCAGUAACCAGUGUCUGCCGCUGCCGUGUUAUCAGGAGGGUUACGAGCGCUGUGUGGACGGUCAGGGUUCGUACACCUGUGUGUGUAAACCGGGCUGGAGGGGUCAGCGCUGUGACCAGGAUAUUAAUGAGUGUGAAGACCCAGAAUUCCAUGCGGGCUGCAACCAAAUUUGUUACAACCUCCCCGGGAGCUUUGUGUGCAGCUGUGAGAAGGGCUUCUACACACACGACAACAUCCACUGCAUCGAUAUCAAUGAGUGUAUCCUGUUUCCCAGUGUGUGUGUGGAACCGUCUAAAUGUGUCAACGCUCUGGGGUCGUUUGAGUGCCGCUGCCCGCUGGGAUACCAGUACAACAGAACCUCACGCGAGUGUGUCGAUCUGGACGAGUGUGAGCUGGACGUGUGCGGCGGCGAGUGUGUGAACACCAUCGGCAGCUUCUCGUGUCACUGCGACGGACGGAUGGGUGUGAAGCUGGCGGAGGACGGGCACCUCUGUGAGAAGAUCCCGCAGUGUCUGGAUCUGUACGACCACAAGCACGAGGAGAUGCUGUAUCUGGGAGAGCAGUUCUCCGGAUUACCCGUCAUUUACCUGCGCUUCCGUCUGCAGGCCGACACCAGGUUUGCAGCUGAAUUUGAUUUCCGCACGUUUGAUCCGGAGGGAGUGAUUCUGUACGCAGAGUCUUCGCCGGACUCGUGGUUCAUGCUGGGUUUACGGAGCGGCCGCAUCGAGGUCCAGUUCAAGAACGAACACUCCGUGAAAAUGACCAGCGGAGGAAAAGCCAUCAAUGACGGACAGUGGCACGUGAUCUCGGUGGAGGAGCUGAUGGGAAGCGUCAGUGUGAAGAUCAGUAAAGAGGCCGUCAUGAGCAUCAACAGUCCUGAGCGUCUCUUCACACCCGUCAACGACAAACUGGAGACGAAGGUUUACAUCGCCGGUCUGCCCAACCGCAACGAGAGCCUCAUCAAACCGAUCAACCCGAGGCUGGACGGCUGCAUCCGCGGCUGGAAUCUGAUGAAUCAGGGCGGGUCUGGAGUGAAGGAGGUGAUUCACGAGAAGGAGAGCAAGCACUGUUACGUGUAUGUGGAGAAGGGCUCGUUCUUCAGCGGUGGAGGUCAGGCGCUCUUCAACAUCAACUACAGCAGAAGCGGACAGUGGAAGGUGGAUGUCGUGAUGAGCAUACGUCCGUCCAGCACCACCGGUGUAUUAUUCGCCCUGGUUACCAACAACACGGUCCCUCUGUCCGUUGCCGUGGUAACACGGGAAACCGAUGAUGCGGACCUGCAGGUGUUCGUGGACGGCGUCUGCGUGGCGACGCUGCAGUCUCUGAUGUUGUGUUAUCCGGAUCGGAUGGUGGUGGAGAUGAGAGCGUCAGCCGAUGGACUCCACAUCACAGCGAACUCCUCGAACGUGACCUACAGCGACCCGGAGACCCUGAGCGAGGCUUUAGCUAAACUCGACCGCGCCAUGCAGGGACCCGUCGACACUUACAUAGGAGGACUUCCAGAUCUCCCACUGUCCAUCACUCCCAUCUCAGCGUUCUACCACGGCUGUCUGGAGAUCCGUGUGGACGGACAGCAGCUGGACUUCGACGAGGCUGUUAGUAAAGACAACAGCAUCAAGUCUCACUCCUGCCCUCCUGUUGAUGCCCCGGACACGUCGUCCAGCGAAUCCCAGCUGCAGUAGACAGGAAGUGACAUCACAGGAGACACGUGACACGCUGCCUUGGUCUAAAGUUCCCAUCAGACAUGAAAUCCGCCCUGGUUCUGGGUUCAACAGGGACGGAGAAAGCAUGAUGUUUCUUUUGUUUUAAAUGAGUGUUUUAAUUGAUCCUAACCUGUGAAAUUGUGAAAGAGCCUCUAUUUAAACAUGUGACAGACUUUCAUCCUGAUGGUUUUAGUAUUUUUAUUCCUGACGUGUCCGUUGUGUCUGUCGUUAAUCAGGUUUUUUCUCUCAGUAUAGAGCCGUCAGUUUUUAUCUUGUAUAUAACACUAAUUUUAAUUUGAUGUGAAUAUGUUUAGGUGGAUACUGAACACUAGUGCCGCAUUAAUGCAAAAAUUCAAUAAAUAAAAGAAGAAAAUGAAAUGCA